AAUAUCUUGUGAACUACUAAUUUCCCUUCAAAUUUCAUCGCGAUUUCGAUCGACGAACUGGUCUCUUUCGGAAUAUGACUGAGUUCUUCACCUGCAAGUUUUUUCCCUCCAUUUAUUGCGCACUAACUUCGCGCAGAUUUUCCAGAAAGAGGACGAUAUACAAUGACAUAUGACGAUGACAGUAUGACAGAGAGAAAUAGAACGAUACAGCAUAACGGUCGUCUCAUUCAAAUCGAAUCUACUCUUUGUCAUAAAGUUUACGUUCAAGCGAUUGAAUCUAAUCGAAUCACACCUCAGGAGUAGCGAAAUUGUCUGAGACUGUCAUAUCCUCAGUGAAUCCAACAAAUUGAAGCAGGAAACCUUACAGAUGGAUGAAAGUUUCAAUCAGUGGUCUGAUGUAGCAUCUGACAACGAUGAGGAUAUCAUUGAGGGCAGAUCAUUCAUGAUAUCUGAUAGCGAUGAGGAUAUCGUUGAACAUAUCGAUAAACAACAAGUUGUCGUAAUCGAAAGCAGUAGUAGCAGUGAGAACUGUUCCAGGAAUUUAAGUCCAGAGAGACAAGCUGCAGCAUCAAGAAAAUCUCCCUUUACAGAAAAUGCCAUUAAGAAGAGUGUUAAGAAGCAUAUCCUUCAAUAUUCUGAUACGGAGGAAGAGCAAGAGGAGGAGGAAAAUAGCUACACACCUAGUCUUCCUAAUUUAAGCAAUGGCAUUGAAGAAGAUGGAGCUUCAUCGAAUGAGAAAGAAAUGGAAUCAGAAGUUGUAAUAUCUCUGGCAAAACAAGAAAUUGGAGUUGGUAAUAUUGAUCCAAUGGUUGCGCAAAAGAGAGCCUUAUUAGUUUGUAAAAUGGAACAUUUACAGACACAGCUGAGAAAAUCAAAAUUGCUCUUAGAAACUGGUAACAUCAACUUAUUACCGGAUGGAGGUAGGAAAUUACGUGAAAAUAUCGAGAUGCAGGAAAAAGAAAUCGAGGAAGUCGCACUAGAAUUACAGAAUACUCCGCUCACGCAGGAUGUUAAAGGAGAACCACAUGACCUCAAAGAAGUAAUAGAGUCAGUUAAAGAACAAUUUGUUGAUGAAGAAAAUCCCUACUUAUGCAAUUUCGAUUCUUCCAUUGAUGUGAAUAGUAUACCAAUCAAACCGAAAUCAUCUCCACAAACGAAGGAACUGGGUAAAAAGGCUCAAGCGACUCUGGACAAAGAAUUAGCGUUGACGGUAGAUAGGUUGCAAGAUUUACACGGAUCUCUGAUCGCUAGACCGUCUGAGGACGAAAGAGCUGAAGAUCCACAGGGUUUGAAAGUCAAGUUGAUGCCACACCAGCAACACGCAUUGUUGUGGUUGCAGUGGAGAGAAGGACAAAAGCCUCCCGGAGGUGUUCUCGCCGAUGACAUGGGCUUGGGAAAGACCUUGACGAUGAUAUCGUUAAUACUCGCUGAUAUUGCAAGUAAGAAGCUGAAAGACUCGGACGACUGUAGCGACGAAGAAUGGGCAGAUUACAAUGCACCAUUGCGCCACAAGGGAGGCACGCUAGUGGUUUGCCCAGCAUCAUUGUUGUCACAAUGGGAGACGGAGAUCAGCCGCAGAUGCAAGCGAGGCAUGCUCGCGGUUGAAGUUUACCAUGGUAGCUGCAGAGAGAACGUUCCUAAAAGAUUAGCAAAGAACGACGUGGUGAUUACGACAUACAACAUACUAUCCCGCGAAUUCAGAACAAGAGCCACAGCUUAUAAGAUCCAUUGGGAGCGCGUAAUACUUGACGAGGCGCAUGUAAUUCGUAAUCAUAAAAGUAAAAUGGCAGAGGCGGUGCACGGUCUAAUAUCCAAGAAACGGUGGGCUCUCACUGGUACCCCUAUUCAGAACAAGGAGAUGGAUUUGUACUCUAUAUUGAAGUUCAUAAAAUGUUCCCCGUUCGACGAUUUACGGGUUUGGAAACGAUGGGUAGAUAAUAAAAACGCUGCCGGUCGUCAAAGGCUAGCCACCGUGAUGAAGUCCCUGAUGCUUCGUAGAACAAAACAUGAGCUGCAGGUCAAAGGCAAUCUGGAUACCUUGCCCGACAAAUGUAUAGAGGAAGUGUUGGUAAAGCUCGACCCACAAGAGCAAUUGGUGUAUGAAAAGGUUUUGAUUUAUUCUCGAACGUUGUUCGCUCAAUUUUUGGCACAGAGAGCUGAGAAGGAUCACAUGUACGAUCUAGCUUCGGGAAGAUACGAUCAACCGACUUUUCUUUCAAAUCCUAACAUGAAUACUCAGUUCACAAAAGCGCAAAACAAAUUACUGUCAAUGCAUGCUGAUAUCAAAACGCACGAGAUCUUGGUUCUGUUGCUACGUCUACGUCAAAUUUGCGUCCACCCAUGCCUCAUUCAUUCUAUGCUGGAUCAAGAGGACAUGCAGGAUACUGGGUUAACGGAUACUGACAACGUGGACGCUAACUUGUUAUCGAAAAUGGAUGGUAUGACGUUAAACGAUGGUGAAAAUGAAGACAAUGCGAACACAAGUGAACAAGAGAUAGGCAUUGACCGCAGAGUAGUAGCCAAUGUCCUCACAUCUGAGAACCCAGUCUUUCAAGCUGAGCACGUCAGUUCUAAGAUGCAAGCGGUAUUGAAAACAGUGAAAGAAAUUUUGAAAAAAGACGAUAAGAUGAUCAUUGUAUCUCAGUGGACUAGCAUGCUGGAUAUCGUAGCAGCUUAUUUGCCUUCGUUAAAAGGUGCUACGUUCAAGAAGUUCACGGGCAAUGUUCCGAUCAGAGAUAGACAGAGUAUAAUGGAUGCCUUUAACGACCCGGACAACGACCCAAAGAUACUGUUGCUGUCUCUUACUGCGGGAGGCGUUGGAUUGAAUCUGGUCGGUGGAAACCAUAUGUUGCUAAUAGAUAUCCAUUGGAACCCACAAUUGGAGAUGCAGGCUCAGGACAGAAUCUAUCGCUUCGGACAAAAAAAAGAUGUUUACGUAUAUAAGUUCAUCUGCAGGGACACGAUCGAGGAGCGCAUCAAGCGUCUGCAGGAGAAGAAAAUGGAGAUAGCGGAGAACGUUCUCACUGGUGCAAAGAAUUCUGCUGCCUCGAAACUAACUCUGAACGAUCUCAAAUCUCUGUUCGCUUUCUAACGAAAUGUCUUCCUUAACUAAAAUUAUUUUUUGAUAAAUAUUUUCGUGCAAUAUACAGUUUUUUAUUCAUAAAGCUACUCAAAGUUGUCGAAAGUUUUUUUAUUAGAAAUUUCAAAUGCGAAGAAGGAGGUGUCACGUGAGCCUGAGAAUGUUUCCGAUAUUCCGUGUUUCUUUGUUGCUUCAUUUUAUUGUAUCGGACACCGUUGCAGAAAUAUAUGCCUGUCCUACUAGAAGAAGAAGAAGAAGAAGGAAAUGAAUCAUAAUUCUUUAAUCAGGUUUGAAAUACAGUUCGGCCCGCUCAUCUAUCACUAUCCACAUUGAGAAUCGCACCCACGUCAUCUUGUUUAACAUCAUCAAGUAAAUAUUUAUGAAUAUAAAAAGAAUAUACUAUAUAGCAACGCCAAUCGGAAGGAAGACAAAGAAUAAUUAUUCUUAGGGUAAUAAAUGACGCUUAUUUAUUUGACAAUGAA